AACAUUGUACAUAAAAACAGACUCGAAUGUUUGGUUACGGCACGGCAGACGAUUGUCAUCCACGAGCGAGAGAGAGCGUCGUCGGGAUUAUCAGACCUGAAACCUCGUAAUCGCGGUUCAGGAUGUCGACGGACUUCUACAUACGCUACUACGUCGGUCACAAGGGCAAGUUCGGGCACGAAUUCCUGGAAUUCGAGUUCCGGCCGGACGGCAAGUUGCGUUACGCGAACAACUCCAACUACAAGAACGACACGAUGAUCCGAAAAGAGGCGUACGUGCACCAGUGCGUGAUGGAGGAGCUGAAACGCAUCAUCCAGGACUCGGAGAUCAUGCAGGAGGACGACUCGCUGUGGCCGCAGCCGGACCGGGUCGGCCGCCAGGAGCUGGAGAUCGUCAUCGGCGACGAGCACAUAUCGUUCACCACGUCCAAGACCGGCUCCCUCCUAGACGUCAACCAGUCCCGGGACCCGGAGGGUCUGCGCUGCUUCUACUACCUCGUCCAGGAUCUCAAAUGUCUGGUGUUCUCGUUGAUAGGACUGCACUUCAAGAUCAAGCCCAUAUAAGCCCUCCCUAAUCCAGAUCCUGUAUUAUUGUAAUCUUUUUUAUCCCAAUAAAAUAUAUGUUUAUUUCUAA